GAAGAGCCCUAGGAACCCACGGACCCGAGAAACUUGACUGGCAUUCAAGCUGCCCAAUCAAUAGCUCCCUAGCUGGGAAGCGGCGCUGCAGCUGGAAGGGGUAGGCAGGGCGGCGUAAACAAAGUUGAGGUUAAGACGUGAGCACGAAGCCCUGAGGUGAUUGGCUGAAGGCACUUCCGGUGAGCAUCUCGACGUGACCUGGACUCCUCUGGCGCCAAAAUGUCGCUCGUAGCCGGCGUUAUUCGGCGGCUGGACGAGACGGUGGUGAACCGCAUCGCGGCAGGGGAAGUUAUCCAGCGGCCGGCUAAUGCCAUCAAGGAGAUGAUUGAGAACUGCUUAGAUGCAAAAUCCACAAGUAUUCAAGUGGUUGUUAAAGAGGGUGGCCUGAAGUUGAUUCAGAUCCAAGACAAUGGCACCGGGAUCAGGAAAGAAGAUCUGGAUAUUGUGUGUGAGAGGUUUACUACAAGUAAACUGCAGUCCUUUGAGGAUUUAGCUAAUAUUUCUACCUAUGGCUUUCGGGGUGAGGCUUUGGCCAGCAUCAGCCAUGUGGCUCACGUUACUAUUACAACCAAAACAGCUGAUGGAAAGUGCGCAUACAGAGCAAAUUACUCCGAUGGAAAGCUGAAAGCUCCUCCUAAACCAUGUGCGGGCAAUCAGGGGACCCAGAUCACGGUGGAGGACCUUUUUUACAACAUACCCACGAGGAGGAAAGCUUUAAAAAAUCCAAGUGAAGAGUAUGGGAAGAUUUUGGAAGUCGUCGGCAGGUAUUCAAUACACAAUUCAGGCAUUAGUUUCUCAGUUAAAAAGCAAGGUGAGACAGUAGCUGAUGUUAGAACACUGCCCAAUGCCACAACUGUGGACAACAUUCGCUCCAUCUUUGGAAAUGCUGUUAGCCGAGAAUUGAUAGAAGUUGGGUGUGAAGAUAAAACGCUAGGCUUCAGAAUGAAUGGCUACAUAUCCAAUGCAAACUACUCAGUGAAGAAGUGCAUCUUCUUACUGUUCAUCAACCAUCGUCUGGUAGAGUCAACUUCCUUAAGAAAAGCCAUUGAAAUGGUGUAUGCAGCAUAUUUGCCCAAAAACACACACCCGUUCCUGUACCUCAGUUUGGAAAUCAGCCCCCAGAAUGUGGAUGUCAACGUGCACCCCACAAAGCAUGAAGUUCACUUCCUGCACGAGGACAGCAUCCUGGAGCGAGUGCAGCAGCACAUAGAGAGCAAGCUCCUGGGUGCCAACUCCUCCAGGAUGUACUUCACCCAGACUUUACUACCAAGUCUUGCUGGCCCCUCUGGGGAGAUGGUUAAAUCAUCAACAGGUGUGACCCUCACGUCUACUUCUGGAAGUGGCAACAAGGUCUAUGCCCACCAGAUGGUCCGCACAGACUCCCGGGAACAGAAGCUCGAUGCCUUUCUGCAGCCUGUGAGCCAGGCCCCAUCCUGUCAGCCCCAGGCCAUUGGAACAAUGGUUCCAGAGGACAGGACAGACACUUGUAGUGCCAAACAGCAAGGUGAGGAAAUGCUUGAACUCCCAGCUCCUGCUGAAGUGGCUGCCGAGAAUCAGAGUUUGGAAGGGGAGGCGACUUCAGAAACAUCAGAGAAGAGAGGGCCCCCUUCUAGCACGGACAACCCCAGAAAGAGGCAUCGGGAAGUCUCCGACGUGGAAAUGGUAGAAGAUGAGUCCCGAAAGGAAAUGACAGCAGCUUGUACCCCCCGUAGAAGAAUCAUUAACCUCACCAGUGUUCUGAGUCUCCAGGAAGAAAUUAAUGAGCGGGGACAUGAGACUCUGCGGGAGAUGCUGCAUAACCACUCCUUUGUGGGCUGUGUGAAUCCUCAGUGGGCCCUGGCACAGCACCAGACCAAGUUAUACCUGCUCAACACCACCAAACUCAGUGAAGAACUGUUCUACCAGAUACUCAUUUAUGAUUUUGCCAACUUUGGUGUUCUGAGGUUAUCGGAGCCAGCAGCACUCUUUGACCUCGCCAUGCUCGCUCUAGAUAGUCCCGAGAGUGGCUGGACAGAGGAGGAUGGUCCCAAAGAAGGGCUUGCCGAAUACAUUGUUGAGUUUCUGAAAAAGAAGACUGAGAUGCUUGCAGACUAUUUCUCUUUGGAAAUUGACAAGGAAGGGAACCUGAUUGGAUUGCCCCUUCUGAUCGACAACUACGUGCCCCCAUUAGAGGGUCUGCCGAUCUUCAUUCUUCGACUAGCCACUGAGGUGAACUGGGAUGAAGAAAAGGAAUGUUUUGAAAGCCUCAGUAAAGAAUGUGCUAUGUUUUACUCCAUCCGGAAGCAGUACAUAUCUGAGGAGUCGACCCUUUCAGGCCAGCAGAGUGAAGUGCCUGGCCCCACUCCGAGCCCCUGGAAGUGGACUGUGGAACACAUUAUCUACAAAGCCUUCCGCUCACACCUUCUGCCUCCUAAACAUUUCACAGAAGAUGGAAAUAUCCUGCAGCUUGCUAACCUGCCCGAUCUAUACAAAGUCUUUGAGAGGUGUUAAAUAUGGUCAUUUAUGGACUCAGGGGUGGUGUUCUUCCUUGUAUCCUGAUGUUGGUAGGUCUUAAGGUUGAAGACUUUUCCUUCUAACUAGUAGCACUCCGUAUGCAUGGUUGAUUGACUAUAAAUAAAUUGUCAGAUGUGUCCUAACAUGAAUUCUUAUUAAUUUCAUUACACUUGAAAGUUUUUCUAGAUCGAUUUUCACUUAGUAUAUACCUGAUUGUGAAGAAUCCCAAGGUACUUUGAAAGCCCCCUGGGCAUCUAAGUCAUCUAAGAUUUCAUAGAUCAUGCUCUAAUUUAAAUCUUUGUGUAUUCUGGUAAAUGUCUAAUGUCAGGUGAUAGACAUAGUUCAGGUGUCUUUUAAAAGAGGUUCUGAACAUAUAAGAGGCUCUGAUGACACAGCCUAUGGAGAAAGCUGAAUUGAUAAUUUAUGAGUAUGUUCAGUAACCCAAGAGUAACUAAUUUGUUCUUUAUUUAAAAAAAGACUCGAGAAGACAAUAGUCCUUAUCCAGUCUAUAACUAGUGUGACCUUUUAAGGUAGCCCAUUUUUGUUAAUGGCUGUGACUAUUAGCAGCUUAAGAUAAAGAAAGUUCUGGGUAUUCUUGUUUGAAUGAUGAUUAAAAAAAUACAAAAUUAAACUAUAAGUGCCAUAAAAUCAGCUACUUUAGUAUUAAUCAGCAUUAUAAGAAAUGUAGUCAGCACUGGAGGAAGAAUGCCUAUAGUUUGGAGGUCAAAUGCAGAUUAUAAGACUCAAUGAAGAAAAUUCCGUUGGGAGGAACAGAAAACUAUCUGAUGAAGAAGUGAAGCCAUUCCAUAUGGAAAAGGCUGGGACAACAGAUACACAUAUUUUUUAUGCCACAAAAGGGGCAAGAUCAGGUUCUAACACUUAGAACUUCCAAAAAGUAGAGAUCCAAGUUGGUGGAGUAGAUAAACACUGCCUGCAUCCUUCAGUGAACAUAUUAAAAUUACAACCAAAUUACAGGACUGUCAUCCUGAAGAACCAUCUGAUGUCUACCGUGU